CACGUGUUUAAUGUUACUAAGCAACUGGACCUAUAUAGUAAAAGCAGCCUGUUUCUAAUAUCUAUCUAUCUAUCUAUCUACCUACCUACCGCAAAAUGCCUAGGCCCGCUAGAUUAUGAGGCCCUGGGCUGCAGCCCGUAUGUAAACCCGGCACUGGCUGCAGCGGGUUGGACUAGAUGACCCUCGACGUGAUCCCUUCCAACUCUACAAUUUUGUCAAGUCCCGCGGAACUAAACGGGGGUGGGGAGCAGCAGCAGCACUAAGCACGCCUGGAAACGCGUUCCUGCGAUGGUUAGAGACCCGAGCCGAGCUUCUCCUUCGAGCCCAGCCCUCCUCCGCGGUCCUGCUUAGGAUGGCAGUCCUUUCCCCAUGCCGACGCCCACCUCCCGCUGGGGAGACAGCGAGCUGCAGAACUGCCUCCCGUGGCGUGGCCGCCUCCCCACCCAGCCUCGGGCGGCUACUUCUUUCCCCUCCUGGUGUGCGUGGCAGCCUCCACGCCUGCCCCCCUCUCGGGCGCGUUAGGGAAUUCGGGGGCGGUGCUGGGAGAGGGGCGGGCAGGAAGAAGCGCGCCCGAAGCCCCUGCCUCCUUCCUUCCUUCCCUCCCUCCUUCCUUCGUGCCUCGGAUUGAAUGGGGGAGGCAGCGUCGAGGCCGGCUGUGCUGCGCUCGCUCCUGCUUUUCUCGCCCGCGCCGUCCAGAGGCAGCGACGUUCCGCCUCCAUCAUCAUCGGCGAAGUCCGGCGGCUCGUGGCGCCCAGCCUCAGCAUCGAACGCAGCAUGUCUUCGGCCAAACAAAGGAGCGGCAAGGGCGGCAGCUCCGCGCCGUCCGACAAGGGAGCCCAUUCAAACCUCCCCGAUGACGUGGCAAAGAAGCAGCAGCAGCAGCCGCCGCAAAACCAGGCUCACGCCAAGGGGAGCAAAGGAGGCGCCUCGGCUGCUGGAGGGGGCAAAGCCUCCUCCUCGUCGUCGUCCUUCUGCAGCCUGGCCAAAGCCUUCAACUUCCUCUUGUCCCUCGCUCUCAUAGCCGCGGCUGCUUUCUCGGGCUACUUCGUCCAUCACCUCUCCGAAGAAGUGAACCGGAUCAGCGUCCGGCAAGAAGGCUUCGGGAGCCAGCGGGAGGAGUUGGCCCGCGCCUUGGAAGGGGCUGUGCAAAAGGUAUCGGGGGAGGAGGCUCACCAUAGCAAUUCUCCGGCUCUGCAUUUUCUUAAAACUUUUUGCGAAGUUGCAGGGGGGUGAGGGGUGCCGUCGGGGUGGGACUUUGGCUCAGAAGUCCAGGGCCUUGCUCUGUAUUUUGGAAUAAGUGGAGUGAUCGACGUCGUCCCCUGGAGUUCUCUUCCUUCUCCCCAAAAGGACCAUUAAAGCCAGAGUCUUACAAAUUAUGUGUCUCUGCACCCCUGGGCUGAGUGCAGGCCUUGCAAUCGUCUCUCCCCCCCCCCCCCCCUCUGGUGAAUGCGAUGGGGUGGGGAUGUAAGUUGGCGAGGACCUCCAAACUUUGCAAGGGCGACUUGGUUCAGGAGAAUGCCUGGCACUUGUGGCCCCCCAGUUGGAUGUGCCAAACGUUCAUUUGAAUGGAAUCAUGGGAAUAGCUUGGAUUGCGAACAGCUUUUGCCUGGGAGUGUUUUUAUUCUUUGUGAGGAAAAUUUUGGGAGGGAAAGCACUUGGGCCUCAGCAGCCAAUUCCCAUCUUCCUGUGGAUUCUGUUUGCACCGUGUUUCCUUUCGGGCCUGGGAAAUCCCCAUCCUAAAUCAGUCAUCCAGUUUAGCAUCUUCCAAAACUUGUCCUCUUGCACGGAGUAUCAAGCCAAUGCAGUCUCGCCUUUCCACCCUGUUGCAUAACUUGCACUUAUGGCCCCUCGUGCAAGAUUUUUUGGCAUGACUCUUAGACCACUUCUAGGCCCCUCCUUCAGUUUUGCCUUGCACCCCUGUUUUAUUUAUUUUUUAUUUCAUUAACUUAUGAAUUGUUUUCCACGAACCAUCCGUAAGCCCUUAACAAUAAAAGAUGAAUACAGUCAUACCUCAGGUUGAAUAUGCUUCAUGUUGAGCGCGUUCGAGUUGCGCUCUGCGGCAACCUGGAAGUAAUGGAGCGCGUUACUUUCGGGUUUCGCCGCUCGCGCAUGCGCAGACGCACAAAAUGACAUCACACGUAUGCGCAGAAGCGGCGAAAAGCGACGUGUGUGUGCGCAGACGUACCGUCGCUCGUUAGGUUUGCUUCUGGGUGCGAACGGGGCUCCGGAACGGAUCCCAUUCGUAUCCAAAGGUACCACUGUAAUAAAAACAAUUAAAAUCCUUAUAGAUGCAGACCAGGAUAAGAAUCAGGGUGUGGGGAACAUUUGGACCUCCAGAGGUUGCUGAACUACAACUCCCAUCAUCUCUGUCCAUGGGCCAAGCUUGCUGGGACUGAUGGCAAUUGUAGUUUGGUAACCUCUGGAUGGCUAAUGGUUCCCCACUCCGGACUUAAAAGGAAAGGUCUUUUGUAAGUGCUGAUCAUGUACAUGACAGGGCAGCGCUUGUCUGAGACGUCACGGAAGGGAAUUCCUAAGGGUCAGCCAGUUAAAGGGUUGAGUCGUACAUUGUACAGACUGGACCUUUUGAUGAGAAGGCAUCUGCAAUGGGUGAGAUGAUAUUUUAGGUAAGGGAAGCCUUUGCCAAUCUGGUGUCCGCCAGAUGUUUUGGGCUAUGGCUGCACUGGCUGUUGGGAAUUGUAGUCCAAGUAUCUGGAAGGCACCGAGUGGGCAAAGCCUGGUUAAAAGAAACCUAAGGGGUGGUAUCCAACAAAGAGAUCCACUAGGGCAAGGAUUUCUGAUGGUGCAGUGGAGCUUCCCUUUCCACUCCCUGGGUGCCCCUAAAUUGAGCACCUUUGCAGGGCGAAAUUACAUUGCAUAAGCAGACAUUCUUGCACUAGAGAAUCUACAUGGUUGGAUACUACACAAGGUUCUUCAUAUGCUAUAUAGAGCUUUAACCACGUAGGUCACAUUUGCACCAUACAUAAAGCGGCGUUUCUGAAAUAAUUCUGGGAACUGUAGUUCAUUAAGGGAGCUGAGAGGCCCCCCCCCCCCCAAUUUUUAAAAUUAAUUUUCACAUUUAUCACAAAGAAAAAAGAAAAACAUUACAAAACAUAGAACAGAGAAAACGCACACAAGAAAACCACAAAAAAGAAUUAUUACUUCAAAUCCCUAAUUUCAUUACAUUGAUAACUGACUUCCUCGAGUCCCCUCUAACUGAAUAUCAUUAUAUCACCUGUUUAACAGUUCUCCAAAUUCAUAUUUCUAAUAAUAUUAAUUCCUUUCGGGAGCUGAGAGUUUGUAGGAUGCUGCUGUUCCCUUUGCUGAGUUAUAGUUAAACAAAGAAACGAUCCCUCUUUGUAGGAUAUACUGGGAAUUGUAGCUCUUUGAGAGGAAUGGGGUCUCUUAACAGCUGUCUUAACUGUGUUGUUUUUCUAGAAAAAGGGGUGCCAGAACUCACCAUGAACACCUCCCUUAUUCUCUUAUAAUGGCAAGGGCACCCACCUAAGAGGUGCUGGAACAGUUCUGGCAAGUUCCAGCUGAAAAAAGUGGCAUCACGUUGCUUAAAUUUAUGGUGUGAAUACCUAUGUUGGUGCAGCCCCAGUUGUCCUUGGGGUCAGGCUCCUAAGAGUGUUUAGCUGCAAAGUUAAAAGCAUUCAAUAGAAACCAUUUAACUCUGCAUUAUAGUUAACUAUUACCAAGAACGAAUUUAGACAUGCCCUUGGCAGAGAGUUUACUCUGCCAACUCAUGGAGUAAAUGCUGGCUGUGAAAGUGGAUAGUUUGGUUUUUGGUUUUUUUUAAAAAUGUCCUCCACAUCUACUUCCUACAAAGUAAGGGCGGCUGAAGAAAUUUGCAUUUCUAAGGCUGAUAACAUCCAUAAUGCUCCUAAAUUAAUGCCUUGUUUUGUGCCAGCAUGGCAUUCUAAAUAUUAAGAUAGGGAAGUCUGCAUUCUGCUGGAGUGACACCCAGUGGGGCCAUUAUUUUGUUGUAUUGCUGCUUGUUAAGGGAAGGACCAUGAUCCCUUGCUGCGCACACAGAUUCUUGUGAGUAGUGUGCGUAAUUGCAGAGAAAAUAUGAAACCCAGCAGAUUUUAAUCCAACAUGGAUUUUGGGAUUGUUUGGAUCACAACUUUUUAAUUUUUUUUUUUUUUCCACUACUCAAGUUUUUACUGUUUUCCUGGUGAUAGAUGGGCAGCCGGUGGAGAUAUUUUCACAAUGGUGUCACAUGUCGUCGGCUGUGUGUUCCCACCAGCAGUCUGGCUGCUGCAUUCUGCACUAGUUGGAGCUUCUGAACCAAGCCCAAGGGCAGCCCCAUCCAGAGCUCAUUGCAGUAAUCCAGAUUUGAUUAUGCAUGGACUACAGCAGUCAGGCUGUCCCUGUCAAGGAACAGCCAUAGCUGGCGAACCAGACAGAUCUGAUGAAAGGCACUUCUAGCCACUUGGGCCUCUAGUACAUGGGUUGGCAAACUAAGGUCCGUGGGCUGGAUCAGGCCCAAUUGCCCUCUGGAUUCGGCCCAUGGGUGGUCCUGAAAUCGCCACUUGGAUCGGCCUGAUCGUUCGGGCUGUGCCAUUUUUUUUGCAAUUUUUUUUCCUCGGCUGCCUCCCCCCCCCCAUGGCGGCACCUCCUCCCUCUCUCCUCCUGGCUUCUCCCUGCCCUGCGGAGGAAGGGAGCUGGGCUUUGAUUGGUCCCAGCCAAUCCGAAGCCUCGCUGCCUGCGCGCUGAGGCACAGCCCAGACAUGCCACCCGCCCGCCCGCCUCUCCGUCCAUGGCCGCGCUGUGGGCAUCAUGAUGGGGCUUCGGCUGGAGCUUGGCAUGCCUGCUGGCCCCGUGCCUGGCGCCCGGGAAAGCUGGCCUGGAAAUGAGAGGCCCCGGCAGCGCCGCUGGUGGCUCCCAACCACAGGCAGUGCGGCAGAGGAGGUAGGAAAGCAGGGGGAGGGGAGGGGCUGAGGGAGAGAGAGAGAGAGAGAGAAGCCCCCCUCUGUCAUGUGCGCAUGUGCUCGCAGUCUGGCCCGCCACAAGGUCUGAAGGGCAGUGAACUGGCCCCCUCCUAAAAAAGUUUGCUGACCCUUGCUCUAGUAAGAGAGAAGUGCUGAGGAGUAGAGUGGUACCUCGGGUUAAGAACUUAAUUCGUUCCAGAGGUCCAUUCUUAACCUGAAACGGUUCUUAACCUGAAGCGUGCUUUCGCUAAUGGGGCCUCCUGCUGCCGCUGGCGCGCGAUUUUAGUACUUAUCCUGGGGCAAAGUUCUUAACCUGGACAAUCACUUCCUGGUUAGUUGAAGCGUCUGUAACCCGAAGAGUCUGUAACCUGAGGUACCACUGUAUUCCUGACUGUCGUUGGUGCAUCAAUAUUAUUUUAGAAGCAUUGUGACCAGUUGCUGUGCGUAUUUCAUGUGCUUUCCAGCAUAGAGUCUAGACCAGCGGUUCUCAAACUUUUUUCUCUGGGCCACACUUUCAGAAUAAAAAUUUGCUCGUGCCCCACCAAUUUUUUUAUCGAUAAGAAAUACAUUGGAAAACGAAAAUAAAUAGCUCCCAGAAGUGCUUGAUUUAUAACAGAACACUUCCUUUCUUGCCACACUAGUGUGGCACGCUAAAUCCUUUGAGAACCGCGGAUCGAUACAUUAGCACCCAAUUUAUGUGAAGGGGACAGAUGCAUGGGGAGAGUCAUCCCCAUAGAUCUGAUUUGCCAUUAAGUGCAGAAGAUUCCUGUCCCUGUUCUGCUAUUAUUCAGAAUUGCUGAAUGGAGGAAGUUAAAGCCUUUUAUGCACUUAAAUCAUGUGCUCUAACAUGGACGUAUGGCUCUACAUCCAAUUUCUGAGGCUAGAUUCUGGUUCCGCAACUAAGCACUGCAGAGUAUAAGAUUAGAAAGGAUAAGCACCCCAGACAAAACACGUUUGGAUAGCUCAGUUGGUUGGAGCAUGGUGCUGAUAAUGCCAAGGUCGCAGGCUUGAUCCCCCUAUUGGGGCUAGAUGGUCCUCAGGGCUCUUCCAACGCUACAAUUCUAUGAUUAUUUGAAUUGGAAACUUACUCAGUCUAAAUGAUUGAAUCAUGGGUGCAUCAACAUAGGUUUGUGCAGAUAAGUGCAGUUCCAUUCCACUGCUCAUUUCCCCCUAUCUGGCUUCCUGUGAGCCUUGUAGAACUUCCUGCGAUGCGUGCUCCAUGUCUAGAUUUACCUAUAUGUGCUUUUCUCUUUUAGGUGCAGUCUCUUCAGUCUGCAUUUGGAGGUUUCGAAUUGACGCUGAAAAACGCACAGCAGAAGCAAGAAGUCACGGAGAAGGCUGUUAGGCAAGGGGAGGGAGAAAUCGCUCGCAUUGGUGAGGUUCUUCAGAAACUGCAAAAUGAAAUUCUGAAAGACCUGUCUGACGGCAUCCACGUUGUAAAAGACGCCAGAGAGCGAGAUUUCACAUCGCUGGAGAACACCGUGGAAGACAGGCUAACUGAGUUAACUAGGUCGAUAAACGACAAUAUUGCCGAAUUCACAGAUGUUCAGAAACGGAGCCAAGAGGAAAUCAAUGAAGUGAAAAUGAAGGUGGCUUCCCUAGGGGAAGCAGAGGUGUACAAACAUGAACUUCAGGCUUUGAAAGGCGUCGUUGAUGAGAUGCAGACAUCCAUGAAAGCAAAAGAGAAGACUAUAGAAUCCUUGAAAAGUAUGAUAGAUUUGAUGGAAUCGGAUGUGUUGUCCGAAGUCAAAGAACUUGUCAAUCUCAAGCAGGAGCACGAAAAGUUCAAAGAGGUGGCCGAUGCAGAGCACAUUUCAUUGCAAACUCUACAAGAUAAAGUUCUUAAAGCAGAAGAGGCUAUUGGACAUCUCCCUGGUGAGCUUGAGAGACUCCGGGAAGAUCUUGUGCACAUCAAGACUUCUGCCAAUGCGCAAGAAGGUGAAGCUCUUCCCAGAGACAUUGUAGCGACUCUGCAAAUGAACAGUGAAGGAUUUGAAUCCAGGUUCAGGUCUAUAGAAGAGAACCUUGAGGCUUUGAGGUCACCAUCUGCACAAGACACUGAAGAAAUGGAAUCUCUUCUCUCCAAGUAUGACAGCAAGCUAGCUGCUUUAGAGGAAGAGCUAGGCUCCAUCCAGGGUAAUUUAGAGAAAGAGGUGCGUUCAGUGACAGAUACCGUAAGGAGCCUUAGUGAAUCUCAGCUCUCCGUGUACAGUGAUGUUGAGGAGCUAAGGAGGAGCGUGAGCGACUUCCCAAACAACGCUGAUGCACUUGAUAACAUCCAGAAACAAGUCCGUGCUCUGCUGGAUAAAGAAAAGCCUCAGAUGGAUGCAGGGCAAUCCAGAGAUAACCUAGAACUCUCUUCUGUGAUAGGUUAUGUUGAUGAGCUGCGAUCUUCUCUCGGCCAGGCUGAAUCCGACUUAAAAAUGCUCAGGACUGCAGUUGACAGUCUGGUUGCUUACUCUGUGAAAAUAGAAACCAACGAGAAUGACGUUCAGUCGCUGAAGAGCUCCUUUGAGGAUGUAAAGAAUGACCUGGACAGGUUGUUUGUGAAAGUAGAAAAGAUACAUGAAAAGGUUUAGCUACCUAGUGCAGAGCAUGUGUAAGUAAUGAACUGCAAAACCAAAAAUAGUUUUCAUAGGCCAAAGAGUUUCGUUGCUGUUGUUGGGGGAAGUGGAAUAUUGGUGGGUUUGAAACUUAAAUCUAUUGGUGCCGUUAUAAGAAUCGUAACACGUUCUAGUUAGGCCCCCAUGAUUUUGUUUGUUUCAGUUGCUAGGACAAAUCGUUUUGCUUCUGCUGUUUAAUCCACAGUACAAGAGGAGGAAGCCAAAUUAUGACAACUGUUGCCUUGAUCCAUUGGCAAACAUGGGGGCUCUGUUAUUUGAAUGAAGGAAGUAGACUCGAGUGAGCUUGGCGUUGCACAUUCAGAUCUGCUUCAUCCAAUCAAAUAAAGCAGCUGGUGCGUGCAGGAGCCUUGUGCGUACAGCUGAGUGUGUGCGGGGCUCUGCUCACUGUUAAGAAAAAAGUUAUUGUGUAAUCCAAUUCAGGAUGUGGACUCCCCAAAAUUGGGUUGAGGCUACUUUGCAGCUCCUAGAAUCAGUAUUGCUGUUCCAAAGAACACACAUCUUCUGGUGCUUUUGAAUUGUCCAAGGUGGAUAAAAAAUGGCAAUAAUGAAUAGAAUUUAGCCAUCAACCAGUCUUGUUGGGACCAUUUAUGGAUUGAAGGCUGGAUUUAUUUUCAGUUGUGAUGCCCUAAUUUGUUCUGCAGGGAGCAAUAGGAACCAAGUCAGGGAGAUGAAACCAACCAGCUAAAUAAAAAUGUGCCAUUUUGAUUGUCAUGCCAAAAAGAGUGGGUAGAGAACACAGAAUUGUUUCCACACCCCCCCCAAAUCGUUUUUAACAUGUCCUCUGUGCUGCAGCAAAGUAUAAUAUGUAUUACUAAGAUCCACACGAAGUGCCUGAUCUUAUUGUUGACUUCGAUGAAAUAGAAUUGGACCUCAGCCUGAUUUUUUUAUAUAUAAAAAAUAACUUUGGGCAUGGCCAAAUGUUGAAAGAAUGAGAAGUAUUAAAAACUGUUGUUCAUUUUUAAGAACCACUGAACAUGGACUGGAUCCUUGUUUUACUUCCGUUAAAAAAUGUUUGCAUUUUUGUUUUUCACUUUUUAAGAAAUUUGUAUGUUUAGAAAGGUACCUAAUUUUAGGAACAGGCUUUUUUGGUUUUUUGGAAGCGUUCUGCACAUAAAGACCUCUUCGUGUACAAAGAGGUUAGCACUUACUUUUGGAAACAGUACAGCAUCAGGGGUGAUGGAGACAGAAAAGAUGUCUGGCCAUAUCCGAUGUUGUCAGCAAUGUGUGUAUUCAGAAACUGCUUCCAAGGGACCCUAAGCCUUAAAAGCCAAGGAAGAUCCAUGGUAUUGAGAUCAGCUGUUACUUUCCUAAGCUGCUCUUCACCAAUUUUUCCUUUUAUGAGUCUUGAACAAUGGUAUAGUUGACUGUGAAAUUAACUUUUCCCAGUAUCUGUAAUGCCUAAUAAACAGUUGGAAUUUCUGUUAAUGUAUAUCGCAAACAUUUUUUGGGAUGCAAUACGAAAGUGCUUCUGCAAAUUUGUGGAAGGCGGGGAUAGCAAUUGGUCAACGAAUGGCAGGACACUGAUGAGUGUGCACUGGGAGAAGGGGGGCUGGAGACUGAUGGGUGGGGAAUGAACACCCAAAACAAGCAAUAAAUCAUAUCCCUUGUAUGACCU